AUGUUGGUGAUUUUACUUAGUGGAAUUGCUUUUAUAGCCUCCUUCAUAUACUGGGUCGGAGCAUAUAAUGAAAGAUACUGGAAGAAGCGAAGAGUUGCUUUCUACAAAAAGAAUAAAGUGUUAGGAGUUUUUUGGAAUUAUUUGACGGACGAUCGGUCUUUGUUUGAACAUUUUUACGAUAUUUACAAGCAGUAUCCAGACGAGCCUGCUGUUGGCAUCGGAUCUUUCCUCACUCCAGCACUAUACGUUAAAGAUCCUAUAAACAUACAGCAUGUGCUAGCGACUAAUUUUAGUGCAUUUAAUCACAGAGGAUUUGAACCCAAUGAAGAAGAUCUUUUGGCGAAUAACAUUCUAUUUUUAAAUGGCAAGAAAUGGCAGCUGAUGCGACAGAGUAUGUCACCUCUCUUCACUUCAUCUAAGCUAAAAAAUAUGUUUUAUAUAAUUGAUAAAAGUGCACAAGAUUUUGUCAAAUUUUUGAAAAAUAAUCCUAACUUGGCAAAAGGUGAUACGUUUAAUAUUUUAUCAACAUUUUGCAGCGCCGCUAUCUGUGCUGCUGUGUUUGGAGUUACGACAGAAUCCAUAUUUGAUUCUCCUUUCUUAAAAGUAGCUCAAAAAGCACUUAGGCCAACUUUUAAACGAAACAUUCAGUUCACUAUUGGAAGCAUAAGUUUGCGCUUAACCAAAUUAUUAAAUAUUAAAUUAUUUAAAGAGUUUGAACCAUUCUUCAUCGGUGCUAUCAAACAAACUCUUCGUCAACGUGAAAAAGAAAAUACAAAGAAACAUGAUUUUGCAGACAUAUGUGUCCAAUUACAGAAAAAAGGAAUAUUAAGAGACCCUGAAACAGGACUAGAGUUAGAGCCAACUGAUGAACUUCUUGCAGCUCAAGGAUUUUUCUUUUUCCUAGCAGGUGUCGAGCCGACAGCAUCUGCCAUGUUUAGCACUUUACUUGAACUAGGAAGACAUCCAGAAAUUUUAAAAAGUUUGCAUGAAGAAAUUGAUGAAUUAUUUGAAAAAUGUGACGGUAAAUUAUCAUUUGAGGCAAUCGUCGAUAAGAACUAUUUAGAUAUGGCUAUAUUUGAAGCAAUGCGACUCCAUCCUUCUAUAGGUUUUUUGUCAAGGAUGUGUACCGAAGACACAAUAUUACCCAACGGUAAUAUUAAAGUUGAUAAGGGAACAAAAAUUUUCACCCCAAUAUUCGAAUUGCAUCAUGAUCCAAAAUAUUUUCCAGAGCCAGAAGUUUUUAAUCCAAAAAGAUUUUCAAAAGAAAGUUCUAAUAAAGUAACAGAUGUAACCUACCAGCCUUUUGGAAAAGGUAAUAGAAUUUGCGUCGGAAUGAGAUACGCGCAAUUACAAGUUAAGACUGGAUUAAUUUAUUUGUUGAGAAACUUUACAGUUAGGACAAUAGUUUACAAAGGAGGAAUUAAAUAUGAAAAAAAUCAAGUACAAGUAAGAUUAACCAAUGUAGAUGUUAAGUUCUUACCGAGAAUUUAA